UACGUAAAUGUAAUGGGACAGAUGUGUCCGAUGUGGAUAAAAAAACGCUCGAGAUGUAAAAAAUGCAUCCGAUGUGGAUUCUCAAACGCAGCAUAGAUUAUGUGUCACAAAUAUCUGUGGGUGACGGGUGACAGUGUGUAAAGUGAAGUGAAGUGGCAAGGUUGAAAACGUAAAAGUUGUCAAGUCAUAAUAAUCAUAAGAUAUAUUAUAAAGGUCGGUGAUAAAUAAUUAUUUAGAAGUAGACUCCUAACAUGGCUGAAUCGGCUGAAUCAAGUGAAUCAACAUCAACAGUAUCAGCCGGAAUAUUAACAAAUAUAUUUCUUCAAAUAGUGCAGAGUCCCUUGAAUAUUGCCUUAGUUGGUGUAAUACUGUUUUUAGUGUACAAUAUAUUUAAGAGUCGUAAUAAGGAUGUACAAGUUCGUCCUGCUGAACCCGAGUUGCCCAAGUUAAAGAAAAAAGAUUUCACAGUUGAAGAAUUAAAGAAAUAUGAUGGUACUCAGGCUGAUGGUAGAGUAUUGGUUGCAGUAAAUGGCGGUGUUUACGAUGUGACAAGAGGAAAAAGAUUUUACGGUCCAGGUGGUCCUUAUGCAGCCUUUGGAGGAAAAGAUGCUUCUAGAGGUCUUGCUACCUUCAAUGUCACAGCAGCUGGUGAAGGUUAUGAUGACUUAAGUGAUUUAACUACAAUGGAAAUGGAUUCAGUAAAGGAGUGGGAAUCACAAUUCAAAGAAAAAUACGAUUUCGUUGGAAGACUUCUAAAACCUGGUGAACAACCCACAAAUUAUUCAGAUGAAGAAGAUGAACAGCCGUCAGUAACGGCCGAACAGCCGUCAGUAACGGCCGAGAAAAAGAAAGAUGAUUAAAAAACAAAGAAAUAUUCAGAUAAAAAAAGGCUGAAACGGUUAAACGACCGUUCUGUAAAAAAUAGAAAUGUGUCCGGUCUCUGUAAAACUAGGCACUAAGGUAAAAACAUUUUUGAGUAGUAUUGGGAGAAUUGAUAAUCAUUACACAUUUUUAAGUCGAUAACAAACUUUUAAACUAGCAUUCUAAUUUAUAUUUGUCAAGGUUAAUGUCUAACAAUUAUUUUUUUUAAAUAAAUUAAAUACGAUUACCACCUCUCUUCCAGUCCCGAUUUAGCUCAAGUAAUGCAAAAACUGUUUACACUUCACGGGUUAAAUUGAAAUCGAAAAUUUCAGUAAUUUUCGCACAAUUUUUUCGAAAAAUACAAAAUUACUUUCUUUAAUCGUAACCAGUUGUCUAGUUUUACAUGACCUAAAGUAUUUCUAAAUGACUUCUAAAACUAUAAGCGUUACGGGAAAACAUCCAGCAACUUAAUUUUUUAUCUUGAUUUUUUUUAUAAAAUAGUGUUGGAAGUUCACUCUACAUUUUGUAAUUUUAAAUAUUUUCCAUUUUAUUGAAAUUAAGAGGAUAUGGUUUUUAUAAUUUAUUUAUAUUGUGUAAUUAAAUGAUAAAUAAUGUGCUCGGUUAAAAUAAAUAUAUAAAGUUAUUUAAACUUUUAAAUUGUCUUCACUCAGUAUGCCAAUUGUAUUUCUAUCCACUGUGAGAAAUUAUUAAUGUGACUUUCUUUGCAAACCUUUCAACCCGCUUAAUUGGAUAAAAUAUUUAAUGUAUAUAUUUCUAAACAAAAAAUCAUCACAGAAUCAUCAAAUUGGUCAUGAAAAAUAUCUAAGAAACAAUUGGGGAAUCUCUUAAAUAUGAAGGGAUGCAGUGACAUGUAAGUUUGAAGGUUAAAGAUAUUUUUGUAAAAUUAUGCCUGAAUUUGAAUGUUUGAUAAAAUGCCCAAAUUAUUUUAAUUAUUUAUCCAGUAUGUGUAUCCUCAACCGAUUUCAAUUUGUAAUUGCGUUAUAAUUUUUGGGACAUUAAAAUAGUUUUUAUUUUUGUUAGUGUACACAAAUAUUCAAUGGUAUUAUAAAAUGAGACAAAAAUAAAACAAAAAUAAUUGGUGAUAAUGUGUGUUUACUUCUAGUGAAGAUAAUAAUAAUAAUAAUAAUAACUAAGACCUUGAAAGAUACUAUAUUAUUUAAUAUUUUUAUCACUAAUUUAUGUAAGGUUAAACAUAAAAUAAAACAAAUUAAAAUGCUUUUAAACAGGAAAGCCAAAAUUAAUAUAAACUACUUUUUUUGUUUAUAGCUUCAAAUGUCUUUCUAUCAAGUAUAAUAAAAGAUACAGUAUUGUCCAGUUGCAACACUAUAGUAGAAUUACUAGGCCUUAAAAAAAUCGUAAAUUCAUCCACAAACACGAACUAACGUUUUAAUGAUUUGUAUACUUUUGUAUUAGAUGGUGG